GGAACCUGUCGCUUGAAGAGUUUCCACGAUCCUUGAGCCAUGAUGUAAAAUCAUUCAGAAGUGUGGCUGCUAUCGCUGCUCAUGUGGCAACAAUCAUUUCCUGUGAGAUGUCAGGAAUCUUCAGCUGGUGAGAAUCCAUACCUUUCAGAGAAGUACAGAAUCCUCAACUUUGCCCGCAGGAUGACCACAGAGGAGACAGAAAUGAUGCGUAAUACCAGCCUUGGUACAAGGGUAGUUGACGGAUGUACAGUGCGAGCCGCAUUGAGUGGAGCACUGCACUUAGUUCCGGAGUGUACAGUCGCAGGUAUGUAAUCGAGGCAAUCGAUCAACUUGGCAACUUGGAAAGCGACGAGGUUGGUGGAGCUGUCCUCGGUCUACUGAUGGGUGGCUUCAUGCAUGCCAUGCAACCUCCACCGGACAUAGAUACGUCCCUUUCCAGCAUGGAACAGAUUCGGCAAUCCUACAAAGGUUUUGGUCAGGCCUGUAUCCGAAUGUCUCGAAACUUUGCUAAGGUGGGAGUGGUCUACGCUGGUAUGGAAUGCUUUCUUGAACGUGAGCGCGCAGCUCGUGACUUGCCAAAUGCAAUUCUCUCAGGCUGUGCAGCCGGAGGUGUACUCGCAUUUCAGGGUGGUCCAUCUGGCAUGGCUCUAGGCUGUCUUGGAUUUGCAGCAUUUUCAGCAGUUAUCGAGACUGUCAUGGAUCACUAAGAUGUACAUGCAUUUGCAGACGAAAA